CAUCGGUUGUUGAACAGGUGCUACCGACAUCCAAGAAAAUUCCGCUCGCGUUCCAGUUGAGUGAGCCACGCGAGAGGCACGAGCGCGCUGUAUACCCACGGGUUUCGAUUUUUCGCAACUUGUCUUUGAAUUUUUUUAUAUUUUCCCAUGUAUUUUACUCAAAUGGAGAUGACGAAGACGCAGAUAAGUCCGUGCGCGUUCCGGUUACAGAUUUCCGACACUUUACAGAAAGUCUCGAGCACGCGCAGCCCUGAGCGCGCGCUGAUGAAAAGGCAGCGGUGCGGCAGCCCAGAGCGCUUGCGGUGCACGCGCAGGCUGCAGUUCGGACCCCUCGGGCUCGGGGUCGCCCCGCAGCAGCAGCAGCAGCCGGUGGCGGUGGCCCGGCGCAACGAGCGAGAGAGGAACAGAGUGAAGCAGGUCAACAUGGGCUUCCAGACUCUGCGCCAGCACGUGCCCAACGGCGCCGCCAACAAAAAGAUGAGCAAAGUGGAGACGCUGCGCUCGGCGGUGGAGUACAUUCGCGCGCUCCAGCGGCUAUUGGACGAGCACGACGCCGUAUCCGCCGCGUUCCGGUGCGCGGCCCCGUCUCCCACGGUCUCGAGCGCGUGCUCUGCUGGUCCGGAGUCCCCUCGCUCCGCCUGCUCCUCUGACGAGAGCGGAUACGAGCAUCUCAACUCAGAGGAACAGGAGCUGCUGGAUUUCGCUGCGUGGUUCGACGGGUUCUAGUCUCAGGGGUGUAUGUUUCUGUGAUGGUGCUGAAAAGAACAGCGGUUUCUCCAGCGGAGACGUGCGUUUAAUCAAAACGCGACACACGCGCGAGGUAGCGCGCGCGACGCGAAAGUGAAUUCCACCCGUGCUUUUAUUAAUCCACACCUUAAGAGCAAAAGGCACAGACAUCUCCCAGUGUGAUUACAAAACAUCUGGAGAACAUGCGUGGUGUUAACUGACCUUUACUUAAUGACUUUCAACUUAUAUUCUAUUUCUUUUCCCCCAACCAAUUGAAUGCAAAGAGCUGAGAAAAUAAACAAGGCGCACUACUGCCUUGUAGCAAUGUUAAAGGAAGAAGAAGAAGAAGAACAACAACAACAGAUACUUUGCUUAUAAAGCUGCACGUGUGUAAACACUAAAUCUGCAUUUGUACAGGCAAUGAGUGAAUUGCACUAUAUGUUGCAUUCACAUUAUAAAAGCAAUGAGGGUUUCUUAUUUUUGCAUUUGAUUAAUGGCUUUUAUAUAAAAGUGUGCACUUGCGACUUUUUAUACAAACCUGUGUAUAUGAUUUUUUUUAUAUAGAGAAUGCUUAUU